UAUGGCUGAAGCCCAUCAAGCCGUUGCCUUUUCAUUUGCCAUUACCCAUGAGGGUUUUGACAUCAACUACGAUCAAGAGGUUUUAAAUCUUAUCUGGACCUCAGGCUAUAGGUCAUGGAAGAAACGUCUAGCAAGAGCCAGGAAUGGCAUACGCAAUGGUGUCUAUCCAGCCCAUAUACACAGUCUCUGGCUAAUCACAGCCAUUGCACUGGGUCUGCAUUUUGCUGGGUUUCAAACACCCUUCAAUAUAGUUAAUCGCAUACUAGUACAUUUACCUGCAAACACAAUAAAUUGGCAAGUGACAGCUUGCUUUUUAGCCUCCCUAGUUAUAUGGCUGGGUAUAUGCUUUACAAUGCGCUAUACACUGAAGCUACUGCUAAUGUACAAGGGUUGGAUGUAUGAAUCUCGAGCGCCGGGUAGUAAAGUGUCAUUACGUACCAGACUAUGGGCCGGUGCCGUUAAGGUAUUCUCCAGCUGGAAUAAACCGGGUCUAUACAGUUUUCAAGGUUCAUUGCCAAGGUUGACACUGCCAUCGGUAAAGGACACCAUGCAGCGUUACUUGCGCUCAGUACGCCCACUUUUAGAUGAUGAACAGUAUCAACGCAUGGAACGUUUGGCUAAUGAAUUUGAAAAUACCAUUGGCAAGAAGUUGCAGUGGUAUUUGAUUUUGAAAAGUUGGUGGUCCACCAAUUACGUGUCGGAUUGGUGGGAGGAAUAUGUUUAUCUACGCGGUCGCAGUCCCCUGAUGAUUAACAGUAAUUUCUAUGGUACCGAUGCCAUAUUCAUGGAUUUGACCCAUAAUCAAGCUGCCCGCGCUGCCAACAUUGUAUAUUUGUUGUUGAACUUUAGACGUUUGAUUGAGAGACAAGAAUUGCAACCGAUCAUGGUUCAAGGCAUUGUCCCCCUGUGCUCCUGGCAAUAUGAAAGAACCUUUAAUACUGUUCGCGUCCCUGGUUUGGAAACCGAUCGCAUUGUCCAUUACAAAGACUCCAAUCACAUUGUGGUGCUACACAAAGGCUGCUAUUACAAGGUGUUGAUUUACUACAAGGGACGUCUGCUGAGACCCUGUGAAAUUCAAAUACAAAUGGAAGAAAUCCUAAACAGCAAAGCCACCCCAUUGCCAGGUGAAGAACAUUUGGCAGCACUGACCGCCUGGAAUCGUUCCAAAUGGGCUGAAGCUCGUAAUACCUAUUUUUCACGUGGCGUCAAUCGUGUCUCCCUGAAUACUGUCGAAUCGGCUGCAUUUGUUGUAUCCUUAGAUGAAGUGCCAUUUGAAUUUGAUUUAAAUCGUCCAGAACUGUUGGAUAACUUUGGUAAAACCCUGCUACAUGGUAAUGGAUAUAAUCGUUGGUUCGACAAAAGUUUCACAGUGUGUGUGGGCACUAAUGGCCGUGUUGGUUUCAAUGCUGAACAUACGUGGGCCGAUGCCGCUGUUGCUGCUCACAUGUGGGAAAAUAUGAUGAUCGACGAUCUUGUGCUCGAUGGAUAUGAUGAAAAUGGCAAUACCAAAGGUACCCCGGAAUUCCAACCACCCUCACCCACGCGUCUCAAUUGGCAAUUGGAACCAUGUUUGCCACAAAUUGAAGAAGCCACCUUAGAUGCUAAUAAAUUGAUUAAUGAUGUUGAUCUCAGAAUUUUGGUACACAAUCAAUAUGGCAAGGGUUUCAUGAAGAAAUGCCGUCUAUCACCCGAUGCCUUUAUACAAAUGGCGCUGCAAUUGGCCUAUUAUCGUGAUGCUGGUCGUUUCUCGUUGACCUAUGAGGCCUCAAUGACACGUCUUUUCCGUGAGGGUCGUACCGAAACGGUAAGGCCAUGUACCAUUGAAUCGGCUGCCUGGGUUAAGGCAAUGGAGAAUAAAGAUAGCACGUUGGAUGAACGCAUUUUAUUGCUGAAAAAGGCCUGUGAACGCCAUCAGUUGGGCUAUCAAGAUGCCAUGUGUGGUCGUGGCAUUGAUCGCCAUCUCUUCUGUCUGUAUGUUGUCUCCAAAUACUUGGAAGUUGAUUCGCCAUUCCUCAACGAGGUGUUGAGCGAACCAUGGCGCCUAUCUACUAGUCAAACUCCUCACGGUCAAACACCAAAAAUGGAUUUGAAAAAACAUCCGAACUGUAUCAGUUCGGGUGGUGGUUUUGGUCCCGUCGCCGAUGAUGGUUAUGGUGUGUCGUACAUUAUUGCCGGUGAAGAUUUGAUAUUCUUCCAUAUUUCGGCGAAAAAUUCGUGUGCAACAACGGAUGUACAUCGUUUUGCUAAUAACAUUUGCAAAGCCUUGGCCGAUAUUCGUGCUAUGUUCGAGGAACACAUGAAAAAUAAUCCACCACCACCAAAGAAGGCGGCCGCCAUUGCCAAUGGUAAAUGA